GCUGCUGGUGGGUUUAGGUUUUACCACAAUUCAAAGUCAAGUGUAGUUUUUAAACGAGUCGACCUCCGGAGAACCGAGCCGAGCACUCAGGUCCCCGUAGCCGAAAAAUAGCUCAGUUUGUGGGAUACAAAGUGUUUAGAGGAGCCGCUAAGAACCAGGCGGUACCGGAGCGAUAUAAGCGGCUAUUUGUGCCAUGUUUUUCUAACGGAUUAUUUGAUGAAGCCGACACCUGCAGGAUGAACGGAUAUGAAUCUCCAGCUCUUGCGUCCGGUAUCUUCGGCUCCUACAGCUCUCAGAUCAACGGCCAUGGCUCUCAUUCUCCUGAGCCUCCUAAAAAUAAAGCCAAGUCCCGUGCCAAAGUUCUCUACGAGUCAGAUGAAAUCUAUUUCCUUCGCUCGUCUGCCAAACAUAAAAAGAAAAGUCAAAAACAACGAAAACACUUCACCAAAACCAGCAUCAACAGUCUGACGGACACGUCUCAGUACCACGUGGAGCACCUGACUACCUUCGUGUUGGACCGUAAAGACGGGAUGAUCACGGUGGAGGACGGCGUCCGGCGUCUGCGUCUGCUGGACGCUAAAGGAAAGGUCUGGACUCAGGAGAUGCUGCUGCAGGUGGAGGAGAAGACGGUCAGCCUCAUCGACCAGGAGACAAAGAACGAGUUGGAGAACUUCCCCAUCGGGACGGUGCAGCACUGCCAGGCGGUGAUGAACGCCUGCAGCUACGACUCCAUCUUGGCUCUGGUGUGUAAAGACUCGGCACAGAGCAAACCGGACCUGCACCUGUUCCAGUGUGACCACAUCAAGGCCAACCUGAUCCACGCAGACGUAGAAAGUGCCAUGAUCGAUGCCAAAGGAGGCAAAGUGAAGAAGAGACCGGAGACGCUCAAGAUGAUCCUGAAGAGUGACGGGGUCAUCCCCCCUCCCCCCGCUGCUCCCGCCCCUGAACCCCCGGUAUCGUCCAAUCAGAUGGACGUAAAGAGUCGAGCGGCCGCCUGGUCAGCCUGGACCAAUGAGCAGCACGACUAUGAGAGACAGCAACAGAUACCAGACGAGGACGGAGAGAUGGACACGACUGCAGCCAGAGUGGACCGAGACGUGCAAAUCCUGAACCACGUCCUGGACGACAUUGAGUUCUUCGUCACCAAACUUCAGAAGGCCGCCGAGGCGUUUGGCGAGCUCUCCAAGAGGAAGAAGGUCAAGAAAGGCAAGAAGAAAGGUCCGGGAGAGGGCGUCCUGACUCUACGCUCCAAACCUCCCGGCGAGGACGAGUUUGUCGACUGUCUGCAGAAGUUCAAACACGCCUUCAACCAGCUGGGGAAACUGAAGGAUCACAUCCAGAACCCGAGCGCUGUGGACCUGCUUCACUUCCUCUUCUCUCCCCUCCGCAUGGUGGUCCAGGCAUCGGGCAGCGUGGAUCUGGCUCGCAGCGUCAUGGUUCCGCUGCUGACCCGAGACGCCAUCGACUUCCUGCACGCCGCGGGGACGGCAGAGGAGAGACACCUGUGGGUCGCCCUGGGAGAAGGCUGGACCAAAUGCAGGCUGGAGUGGCCCAAGGAUCAUUACUUCCCCCCGUGUGUGCUGACGUUUCGGGACGGCUGGGAGCCUCCGGCGUUCCCGACGUUCCCGGCGUUCCCGUCCAGAGAGCAGGAGCUGACUCAGCUGGCGGAGAGUCUCGCCAACGCUGAGAUCCAGAGACAAGACGAGCCGAUGACCAGACUGGAGUCGGCGGUGCAGACGUUCCCUCCAGCAGACGGGUACGGUUUCUCCAACGCCUCCUACAAACGACUGAUCCUGGAUCAGGACUCGGCCGCGGCCGCGUUUAGGCAGGCUGCCGGCCGCCGCGUAGACCGGAGUUUCGAUGCCGACAGCAGAGUCCAACCAAACCUGUUUGCCAAAUCUAAAUAUGACUUUGUGGCGAGAAACAACACGGAGCUGUCGGUCCUCAAAGACGAGGUCGUUGAGGUGGUUGACGACAGGAAGCAGUGGUGGAAGGUUCGUAACGGCUGCGGGGCGUCCGGCUACGUGCCAAACAACAUCCUGGAGAUCACCAAAGCCGUGGACAUCACCGGCAGAGGAGAGCCCAUCUACAGUCACACCAUCCAGCUUAUGAUGCCAAAGAAGGAGUUUGAGUUGUUCAAGCAACUACUGGGAGAGUUGAACGAGAAGCAGACUACCAGGACAGACUACAUCCCCAGUAAACCGGUAGCGACUCCCAUGCCGCCCCCACCAGCGCCCACGCCACCCCCGCCGGCCCCCACCAGGCUCCCCACGCCGCCCCUGCCUCCGCCGGCCCCCGAGCCCGCCAGGCCGGCCACUGCCAGCAGCACCAUCAGCCGCCAGAACAGCACCACGUCCAGUGACAUGGACAGCGUCGCCAUGAGGGAGCACAGCAACCAGAGACCGCCGCCCGUCAACCGCAGGAAAUCCAACAUGGAGGAGGUUCAGGACGAGCUGAUGCACAGACUGACUUUGGGUCGCAGCGCUCAGAAGAAGAUUCCGGUUUCUUCUCGCAGCGGCAGCCUGCCGUCCAACAGCAUCAGCUACGACUCGUCUCCUACCGAUGUCAAAGCCUGGCUGACGGCCAAAGGCUUCAGCCCAGUCACCAUCACCAGCCUCGGCGUCCUGACUGGCGCUCAGCUGUUCUCUCUCAACAAGGAGGAGCUGAAGACAGUUUGUCCCGACGAUGGCGCUCGGGUCUUCAGCCAGAUCACCGUCCAGAAGGCCGCGCUCGAGAAGAGUUCAGGCUCUGAGCUCCAGGAGAUCAUGAGGAGGCGACAGGAGAAACUGGCGGCCAGCACCUGGGACUCAGGGGUGGAGUCUUUUGACGAAGGCAGCACCCACUGAUCUCCACACGGCUUCCUCUCUUCCCUCCCUCCCUUCUCUCCCCUUCCCUUCCUCCUCUUUCCUUCCUGCUUCCACUCCAUUUUUUUAUUCUUUUCAAACCGCAGCCUGCUGUUUUGUCGCACUCUUGAUCCUCAGGCGGCGGCCGACCACGCCCAGUUUUUGGAGAUCAUGCGGCGAAGGCAGGAACUCUUCAGCUCGUCUCCAUAGAAAAAUAUUUCAAACAACAACAACCAGCCAGCUGACUGACUGACUGACUGACUUUUGGACCGAUUAUUGAAAACCCAGAGAGAAUAUUCUGCCACGUUUGCCUGGAGUUCAUGCGGACACUUUUUGGGACUGUGGAGGAGUUUUUGUGGCUGCUCAGUAGCUCAUUUUCCUAAGCGAAGCCUCUCAGUGUUUAAUGUUUGGAGAACGGCUGCUAGUUCCUCAGCUUUGGUUUGUGUCUCUCGUGGAUCAUUACAUUAAAGUCACAGA